AUGCCGAAAAAGAUUGUAGCGACGUGUAAAGACAUGGUUUCCUUAUAUAAUGCAUAUGCACCUGAAACAAUAAAGAAAAAUGUACCUAUCUUAAUUAGCUGGUGCAACACUAAAUUCAGGGCACAUUUUCCUGUUUUAAUAGAAUGGAUUAGAUCAAAAAAGCGACUAGUAUUUGAUGAACUGAAAAAUUCACAAUCCGAGAAUUCGUCUUCAUUGUCAUCGACCCCUGUAAUCACAACUCCAAAGACACCGAUUAACGAUUGCGGUGAUGCUAGUGGAUCCGGGACAACCGAAAAAGAAUAG